UAAUGGCCAGCGAUUACUACAAGACCCUGGAAAUAAACAGACACGCAACGGAUGCCGACAUAAAAAAGGCAUACCGACGCCUCGCCUUGAAGUUUCACCCGAGCAAAAACAGGGAGCCUGGAAGCUCAGAGAAGUUCUCCCAGCUCGGGGAGGCCUACGAGGUUCUGAGCGAUCCUCGGAAAAAGGCGACCUAUGAUAAGUUUGGUGAGGAGGGUCUGAAGGGCGGCAUCCCGCUGGAGCACGGCAGCGGUGGGGCUUGGUCAUCCAAAUAUGUUUACCAUGGAAAACCAGAGAAAACCUUCAGGCAGUUUUUCGGAGGCGACAACCCGUUUGCUGACUUCUACACUAAUGAUGCACCGCUGCAGUUUGGUGGGCUGCAGCCAGGAGUGGUGAAAACACAGGACCCACCCAUAGAGAGAGACCUUCACCUGUCCCUGGAUGAUCUAUUUCAUGGGUGCACCAAGAAAAUCAAGAUAUGUCGCAGGGUUAUGAAUGAAGACGGACACACGUCGAGUAUCAAAGACAAAAUCCUGUCCAUAGACGUGAAGCCUGGAUGGAGGGAAGGCACACAAGUGGUUUUCUUCAAGGAGGGAGAUCAGGGACCAAACAGAAUCCCCGCAGAUAUUGUGUUUAUAGUCCGAGAGAAAAGUCAUCCCAUGUUUAAAAGAAAACACAACGACCUGAUCUACACAUUGAAGAUCUCUCUGGAGAUGGCUUUGACUGGCUUCUCUGUGGACGUGCAGACACUAGAUGGCAGGCUUCUCUGUGUUCCCAUCAAUGACAUUGUGCACCCCACAUAUGAAAAAGUGCUGACUGGAGAGGGAAUGCCGCUGUUCGAAGAUCCUUCCCAGAGAGGAAACCUCAUCAUUUCUUUUGACGUCCAGUUUCCAGAGAAGCUCUCCGCUGAGAAGAAACAACUGAUCAAGGAAGCGUUGUCAUUCAAGUAA